UUGUCGAAUUAUAUUUGAACCGAAAAAUUUCAAUCAUUAUUAUUAUUAUUUAUUUUCCAAUGUUGUUAUUAAAACUUAUCCAUUUAUGUAUUUUAUUAUUUUUUGUAAUAUAUACAAAAGGAGAUUGGUGUAAUAAAGAGAAAGUAGACAAACUUCGUAAGUUACUACAAUGUUCAGGAUGGAAAAAUUUAAACGAUAUCAACUUUAUACAAUACUACGGUAAAAAAUAUUAUCCUCACAAUUUGCUUGAAACACAAACAAAUGGCAAUAAUUGUGAACAAAAAACACGAGGUUUGACUGUAUUUCUUGGAUGCACAUAUAUAAAAGUUUUAAAAAAUCUUUUUACAUCAGUUAUUAGCAACAUAUUACAAAAUUGUCAAGAAAACGACAAUCUUAAUGGAAUAAUUUGGACAGAAGAACUCAUAAACAUAAUCUCCAUUUUAAUUGUUCCAAUGGCAACAUUGAUGAAAGGAGCAAUUGAAGCUUUGGAUAACAUACAUAACUAUCCAUUGACUAUUCUAAAUAAAUUCUUUAUGAUAAGUCCUUUAUUAGAAAAAAUAGAAAAUAUUCUUGACGAAUUAAAAGAACAAAAUAUAUCACGUGAUGAUUUAACGACUUACUAUAGCAUAUUACAAAUGGUAAGAUUAUGUUCUAAAAACAUAAUAAUAGUUUUACAAGUACAAAUUAAAUCCUAUUGUGAGUUUGUACCUUGUGAUACAAAUGAUUUAUGGGAUGAAUGGUCUCAAGAAUAUGAAGCCUUUAUUGACCAAGAUGAAAAAUUAUUAUUUAUUAAAUUCCUAACCAAAAAAAUUAAAAAUUAUAUAAAAACAGUAAUUAAAGAAAAUUAUUUUCAACUCGGAUUUAAAUUUGAUCCAAUUACUGAAGAAACAUUCAUACCAACACCAACGGAACCAAUAGAUCCAGAAUUGGAAUUUAAAGAAACAUUUGAAUACUUAUAAUUACAAUACAAAUAAGCACUCAAUAAAUAUUUUUCUCAAUUUAGGGUUUUAUAUAUUAUAUAAAAAAUAUUUUAUUAUUUAUACAUAAAAUCAAUAAUAACACACUAAAGAUAUUGAAGAUAGUCUCAGGAAUAAAUUUUUCUAAAGAAAAUCUUAUGUAUUCUAAAUAAAUAAAUAUAAUAAUGAAGUACGGCAAUCAACACGAAUCUGUUAAAACUCUAAUUUAAAUUUUGUAAAAUAUUAUUCGAUAUAAUAUGGGAAAUGUUUAGUUAACUCUAAAAUUAUAAAAGUGUACGUAUAUUAUUAUAAUACAUCAGAUGUUUAAGCAUAUAUGUUAUUUUUAUUUUCUAUUAAUGUAGAAUAUACGUGGCAUUUGACACUUUGGUAAAUUGUUUUUUAAAUCUUUAAAUAAUUUUUAAAAUAUAUAAAAUGAUUUUAUUUAAAUUUAUUUAUAUCAUCAAAAAUUAAUGUUUUAGUAUAGUAAUGCCUAACAGUAGUUUUAGGGCGACUCACAAUAAGCCGGUCGAGAAAAAAAAAAAAAGAUAUGAUUUAUACUGCACCCGAUUUUAUCACGUCCACACUGUGCUGGGUUUUUUUUUGUGUCUGUUACUACUUUUCUCAGCUCUCACCGAACGGAUUUCUUUCAACGAUACAUCAAAAGAUCACAAAUUGUAUCUAGUCAAAGAAAUUUUACUUAAAAAUUGAAAAAUUUUCCCUCGUUCCCCGUAAAUGGGGGAAACCUCUAAAAAAAUUACAAAUUUAAAAAUCGCUAAUUUUCGAAAUUUUUUCAUUUUUUUUUACUAAAAACUAACGUAACUUUUUCAAAAAUGAACAUAUCAAUAUAAUU